CAUCAAGCAGAAGCCUUUCUUCUGAAGCUGGAGUCUUCAAAAAUGGGUUUGCUUCGAAAUCCAAGUUUAAGAAGUGAGGAGUACCUGGAUGGCAUAAUCACAGACUAUGUUAGCAGAGAAGGAACUAAGAUUAGGGCAGCAAAACGCUCCACUUCUCGCCUUGUUACUAUUCUCACCUUCCUUCAACUCGCUUUCGCAAUCUAUGCCACCUUCCUUCUUUAUUACAUGAGUCCUUCUGUGGACCUUAGAACUAAACCAGACUUCACAUGGGCAACCAAAUUAGCAAAACAAUGGAAGAACUUCAUAGUUCAGCCUCGAAUCUUCUCUGCCCUGCAAGAGAGUUCGGUGUUUCAGUCCCCAAUGGAGGUCUGCGAGGACGAAAAAAUAGAUUUUGAGCAGAAGAAAUCAAAUGAUGAGGUCAUGAUAAGGCUAAAAAGGGAGCUUUAUGAUGAGAUUUUGGAGUUUCAGAAGAAGAAUUUAGGAACUGAAACGCUUGCUGAGCUGAUGAAAAUGAAGUCUCAAUGGAGCAUUAACAGUCCAAAAAUUCCAAAAAUUACUGUGAUUUUGAACCACUUCAAGAGGAGAACUCUCUGCGCUCAGCUGAACUCUCUGCUGAAUCAGACACUGCCGUUCCACCAUGUAUGGGUACUUUCUUUUGGGAGCCCAAAUGAACUCCCUUUGAGGAGAAUUGUGGAGAGUUAUAAUGAUUCCAGGAUUAGCUUCGUAAGCUCGAGCUAUGAUUUCAAGUACUAUGGAAGGUUUCAGCUGGCCCUGCAAACAGAAUCAGACUUUGUUUACAUUGUUGACGAUGAUAUGAUACCUGGGAAAAAGAUGAUGGAGAUUUUAGCUCAUGUUGGGGGCAUAGAAAAGUAUAAAAAUUCAGUUUUGGGGAGUAUUGGAAGGAUCUUACCUUUUAGGCAGAAGGAUUUUACUUUUCCAAGCUACAGAAAGUUCAGGACGAAGGAGUCGGGACUAUAUUUGCCUGAUCCAGCUUAUGAUAUCACAGUAGAGAGGAUAGUGCAGGUCGAUUUCUUAUCGAGCUCAUGGUUCCUCUCCUCUGAUCUUGUCAAGACAUUAUUUGUGGAGACUCCCUUCACUUUCAUGACUGGUGAAGAUCUGCACCUCAGCUAUCAGCUUCAGAAAUACAGAAACGCAGGAUCAUUUGUGCUACCAGUUGAUCCAAAUGACAAGGAAACAUGGGGAGAUAGUGAGCACAGGCUUGCUUAUGUUUCUGAAACCACAGUUAUCUUCAAAGACAUCAUACAGGUUAGAGAUGAUCAAUGGUGGAGGGCGCUUUCCAUGGGUUACAUCACUCAGUGGGCGGCCAUGAACCUGCAGAAGAUCGAUGCUCUCUUCUAUGCUCAUUCUAUAGGAGAGGUGAAGGCCUUAGCUCCUCUCCUUGAAAAAUUUCGUUCCACGGUUGGGAGAAAGGCCUACAUUGCUGUCUCUGGUGGAAAUUACUGUCCUUGUGAAGAAGCUGCAGAUGUUCUCAAAUGGCCAAAGUUUGUUUGUAGGGAGAGGAGGUUUAAGAUCUUUGAUUUGGAAUUAGGAGCUAUUUCCAACGUGUCAAAUUCCGAAGUUUCAAUCAUGCAGGCUGUGUACUCAAGCAUGAAAGGGCUUGUUAAAAUACACAAUCCAAGCCUUCUGAUUACAGUUUCAGACAUAGAUGAAAAUGUUAAGAAUGCACUAAAGAUGGCUUCAGAGAGUAGUUUGAAUCAUUCGGUGGUUGUUCUUCUUCCAAGAUCUGCUAUAACCAAGGUUCUAUGGAUGGCUGAUUUGAGACCCACAGCAUUACCAAACUGGAACAGAAUGAGAAUCUCUGUCAACAUCAUCACCCAAAACCGCACAACCUCUCUUCAAAGACUGCUUCGGUCGCUUCAGAAUGCAUUCUAUGUUGGUGAUGAAGUCCCUCUGAGCGUCAACAUGGACAGCAAAGUUGAUGAACCAACUCUCAAGGUUGUUGGUUCUUUCCAUUGGUCUCAUGGACCCAAACAAGUUAGAAGACGAAUAAUCCAAGGUGGUCUCAUUCGAGCAGUAAGCGAGAGCUGGUAUCCCGCUUCUGACGACGACUUCGGUCUCUUUCUCGAAGAUGACAUUGAGGUCUCCCCUUACUAUUAUCUCUGGAUCAAGUAUUCCCUCCUUUCAUACCACUAUGACCCCCAGGUCUCCCUCCCCGAGCUAUCUUCCAUCUCCCUCUACAGUCCUCGCCUUGUUGAAGUUGUCAAAGAAAGGCCCAAAUGGAAUGCCACAGAUUUCUUCAAGAGAAUACAUCCCAACACUCCUUAUCUGCACCAGCUCCCUUGCAGCUGGGGAGCGGUGUUCUUCCCCAAGCAGUGGAGAGAAUUCUAUGCCUACAUGAGCUCAAGAUUCACAGAAGAUGCGAAACAGAACCCAGUUCAGAUCCCCAAGUCAAGAACUAAUGGCUGGCAAGCUUCAUGGAAGAAGUUUUUGAUUGAUAUGAUGUAUCUGAGGGGUUAUGUGAGCCUUUAUCCAAAUUUUCCCAACCAAAUGAGCUUCUCUACUAAUCACAUGGAGCCUGGAGCUCAUAUCAGCGCAAAAGAUAAUGUUCUGAAGCACAACAAGGAGGACUUUGAGGUGCCAUUGAUGAAGGAUGAUUUCACAAGAUUGUUGCCGUCAGGGAAGAUGCCGCCGGCAUCGAGGCUUCCAGUCAUCAAUCUAUUCAACCAGGCAAUCUCUUUGAAGGGUUUGAAGAUGGCAGGGGCUAAGCUUGGGCAGGAUGUCAUGAGCUGUGGAGAGAUGGAGAUUGUUGUGGCUGAUUAUGACACAGGAUUGCCUAAAAAUUGCUCAAAGUUCUGAAUUAUGAACUGUAUUGUUAUUUGUUAAUCAUAGACUUCAUUUUACCUUUUACAUGUUUCUCACAUUUCGUCACCUUUUUUUUUUUUUUUGGCCCAUCCGAAGAAGGGAGAUUAUUAUUGUGUAAGCAACGAUUGAACUCAAUAUAUUGGU